UAAUAAGGAUAUUCAUUCAGGUGAUAAAAGCUGUACUGAUAUUGAAGCAGAUGAACUGAUUGACAGUUAUGGUAAUAUACAAAUUGAUGAAUUAGAUAAUGCAGUAGUGUGUCCAGAUCCAGAAUGGUCAUCCAAUGUCUAUAAAGUUAUCAAGCCAAUACAUGCACCUUUACAGUCAGUAGUGCUUCCAGAAGGUAUAGAAGAUAAGAACCACAAAAACAUCGACAAAAUAGAAAUUCCACAAUUAGAUAGUGAUACUAGCAAUAAAUCUGAUUCCAAUGGAGAUGAUAUAGACCAUUCAAGUAAACAACCUAAUAACAAAACAAACGAAGAAUUAGAUUUAACGAAGUAA